AUUCCCCAUUCCCCAUUCCUCAUUUAUUCUUACACGGAAGAAGACGGCAUCGUUGACGAAAGGUGGUCAAAACUACGAUUCUCUCUGGUUGAGGGGAAAAACAGAGCAGAGGAAUGGAUUAAUACUUGCUUGUGAUGUUUUUGUAAAGUAAUGGGGGCGAAAAAAUCGUCUAAGUCUUGGAAGCUGUUCGGGAUGCCUUUCUGGAACAACCCAUCAGAGCCGGAGGAUACACAGCCGAUUGUCAAUCAAUACCAUAAUCACAACAAUAACAAUGGGGACAAUUCAAAUCCUAGUAACCGCAGGCAGCGCUCCUUUGCCACCAUGGCAAGAGCCUCGCUGCUUACAUGGCGGAGUCUCAGCCUUAAUCCUGACAAGAAGCUCUUCUUUCUGUAUGAACCUGGUAAACAAGUCUCAAGCGCUGUGAGAAUCAAGAAUGUCAGCCGCUCAUAUGUGGCUUUUAAGUUCCAAACAAAUGCUCCAAAGAGUUGUUUUAUGCGACCUCCUAAUGGUGUUCUUGCUCCCAAGGAGUCCAUACUUGCAUCAGUCGUGAAGUUUGUGGAGCAGCCAGAUCAUCCCGAUGAAAAGAAGACUACCAAGGAUAAGUUUAAGAUUGUUAGCCUGAAAGUGAAACAGGGCACAGAAUAUAGCCCUGAAUUGUUUGAGGAGCAUAAAGAUUUGGUGUUCGUGGAGAGAGUGCUCCGAGUAGUCUUUCUUGAUCCAGAACGCCCUUCUCAGGAACUGGAGAAACUGAAGAAACGGUUAGCUGAAGCAGAAGCUAUUAAACAGGCCCAAAAGACUCCCCAAGAUGACAAGGCGGCAAUAUCAGCAGCUCCUGCAGAAGGAGUUAUAGAUGAAUGGAAAGAACGCAGAGAGAGAUAUCUUGCCAGGCAUCAGGAUGAAGUUGUAGAUUCCCUCUAAAUUUUGCCUCAAUUUGUUCAUAGUUCCAUCUUAUUUAUUAUGGUUUACUUCUUAAAGUAUGUAUUCCAAAGCAGAAAGAGACUGGUUUUCUUUUAUUUGGAGGGAACUGUGAACUCUUAGCCUCUGAAUUUUGUUGUCAAGAUACAUUGGAAUAAGAAGUUUGUAAAUACAGGGUGCAGGGUUUAUUACCGUUACAGCACUUCUGUAUUUUGCACCAUAGUCAUCUUUUACAGUUUUUCUGAAUAAAACCAGAUAACUGGUCUAGUUCUGUCCAAGCCUGAUGAAGAUGCAUUUCAAUGAUAUCUGUGUGCUACUAUUCUACACUAUGUAUUAGAUUUAAUGAGAACAACAUAUAUAAUCCCUCUGAACUGUCGAGCUUUUCCCAGAUUUAUAUGUUUUAGUUCUAUGUAAGGAUUGAUGGCAGGCUUUCAAAGAAAAGCUUCUUGCCAUUUCAACUUUCAAGAGCUGUAUUCCUUGCGGUUUUGCAUGCAAGGAUGGAAUCUGUAACAGAGUAGACUUUUGUCUACUUUGAUGCCAUUUUUAAUAUGCAAGUUUUGAAAUUUAUAUCA